UCGAUAGAGAAAUGUCUGCUCUAAUUUGGAAACUAAAAUUCAACUCUAUAUGUCAUUCAGAACUUGAGUUAUGAAUAGUUUUUUGAAGAUGGUUUGUUGUCCGGCAGAAUUAGGUUCUCUGACUCUUUAUGAUAAAAAGAAAGAAGCAUCGCUAUUCCGUUACUAACAAACCAAACUAAGAAUCUCGAUUGAAGUCUUAUAGAAUCAACUCACUUUUAUUUGAUUUAUUGUGACAAUUGUCAACCUCAAGUGGUUGAUUUGAUACGAAUAUUACUGAUUUUAUAGGUGAGGUGUAUCGCCUAUAUAUCUUAAAAAAUAUCAGAGAACGAGAGAAAAAAAAAGAAGACAGCGUGCUUAUUUUAUUAGAAAACAUGACGCCGCUCAUGUUUAUCGCUUAUUGUAAACACUGUACAUAUACAACAAGAUCGGCUUACUAUGUUUGUCUCUGAUGUAUCCGUACACCUAUCAAUGGUGAGUAGAUACAAGGUUUUUACUAUAGAUGUGGAAUAGACAAGAACAGAAAUAUGUCGUUAUUUAUCGAACAGACUUGUUGUGCUGUUUAUAAUGUAAAACGAAGGAACGAACAUAAAUCACGCUGUCUACUAUAUAUGAAUCCAUGGUCAAAUCAUCAUAUGUCAAUUAUUCGAACACAAACGUCGUUAAUUGAAAUAUCGAUAGUUAUAAUGAAGCUGCAUCUACAGAUUCAUGCUCACAAAUAUAAACGAAAAAACAAAUAUGAACUGUUACAGACAGUAAAAUGUAAUUUCCUAUCAACUAUGUGAUCGAUGUCUACCUCACGAUGACAACCUUGAAGCUGUGAAUAUUGAUGAUAAUUAAAAUGAAGACCCAUCAAAGAACUUGUUUUGGCAUACAUUGAGGCACACAGUCAGGAUUUUUCGAGAGAGAAGGAUCAGAUUUUUAUCCAUUUUCAACAGGACUUUUCUUUAAUCAUGAUGAAUGUUUCAUAAUUUAUUCUUAUUCAUCUUUAUGUAUGUAUGAGUAUGACUUUUACAAGAAGAAAAUUACAAACAAAAAAGAAAAUACAUAAUAGGUAAGACAAUUAAUUUAGUACAGUCAUAAAAUUUAUUUUACGUUUGGAUUUGGCAAAUUCAUCAAUAACACUUUCAAUAUUUAAUUCAUGAGCGACAUUUUUAUUAAUACUGAUAACAGCUAAAUCACUCAGUUACUUGCUACCCAUCCGAUUGCCGUCAUCUUUGAAACUACAAUCUACGAACUCCUGCCUCCGUACUUAAGGCCUAUAUUGACUAACAUUCAUUGAAAACAAACAUGUCAAGCAAGAAAUAAUCGUUAAUAAAUUAAACUCAUGAGAUAUGAUAUCAAUAUUCUUUAAUCUCUCGAGAUUAUCGUUGUUUUGUUUUUUCUUAUAGUUGAUUAUUACAUAAGGAAGGUCCAUCACAUUUACCAUUAUCAAAACAAUAUUCCAUUUCACAUAAUAAUCAACUCGAACUAUGUAGUUCAAUAUGUUAUAAAUAUCAACAUGAACAUUAUCAUAAUAAACGAUCAUUAUCACCAUCAUCAUAUACAAAUCAAUCAUUUGAUCAAAUAGAGAAUCAUAAAAAACGUCAACAUAAAUCAUCAUCAUCAUCAUCAUCAUCAAAUAAGAUUCUUUUAAAUACAAAUGAAAAUCUAAAUACAACAUAUUUUCUGCCUUUGUUUUUAGAUAUGUCAUCUCGAAAUGAUCUUACUCUCGAAGACAAAAUUAAAUUAAUUAAAGAGAAUGAAUCUGGUUCACCAUAUCGUAAAUUACGUGAUAAAUUUAAAUUAUCAAUUGGGGCUAUAUCGAACAUCAUUAAACGCAAAAGUGAAUAUAUGGGUGAUUAUGAAAUUAAUUAUAACAAAAAUGUAAAGAGAAAAAUUAGUCAUGAUUUUAGUCAAAGAAUAAAUGAAUCAGUUUAUGAAUGGUUCGUAUCACAGAGAGCCAAAAGAAUACCUGUGUCCGGACCUAUUUUACAAGCAUAUGCACGGAGGAUUGCUCAAGAAUUAGAUGAUGCGUCAACAUUUAAAGCCAGCAAUGGUUGGCUGGAAAGAUUUAGAAAACGUUAUAAUAUAAAUUUUCGUGUUAUAUCUGGUGAAGGUGCUUCUGUUGAUCAAAAUAUAGUUGGUGAAUGGAAAUUACGUUUAUUAACAAUUCUUCAAGAUUAUAAUCCAGCUGAUAUUUAUAACUGCGAUGAAACAAGUCUCUUUUACAAGCUCAUGCCUGAUCGUUCACUUGUUAUUGAUAAAGAUGAUUGUACUGGUAAAAAAAAAUCUAAAGAACGUUUUACAGUACUAUUGUGUGCAAAUUGGUUGGGUACUCAUAAAUUAAAGCCGGUGGUAAUUGUUUUAGGAAAAGCAGCGCGACCACGAUGUUUUAAAAAUCUUGAUUUAAAAAAAUUACUUGUUUUUUGGCAUAGUAAUCGUACAGCAUGGAUGAACAGUAAAAUUUUCACAAAUUGGUUAUAUGAGUUCGAUUUGAUGAUGGAAAAACAAAAACGUCAGAUAUUACUGUUUUUAGAUAAUGCUCCAGUUCAUCCACCUGAUAUAAUAUUGAAGAAUAUAACAUUGAAAUUUUUUCCAUCCAACUCAACUGCUUUGAUCCAACCCAUGGAUCAAGGUGUUAUUAGAACAUUUAAAGCUCAUUAUCGACGACAACUUGUUCAACAUAUUAUUGCUAGUGCUGAUGUCGCACAUACAGCUGAUGACAUCGUCAUCACAGCUCUAGAUGCUAUCUGUUGGAUAGAUUUAGCAUGGAAAUCGAUUACGGAAUUAACUAUACAAAAUACAUUUAAACGAGCUGGUUUCCAAAUAUCAAGUGAUGCAUUAGAUUCAAUAUCAAAAGAAACAACAACAGCUGAUGAAGUUAUUGUUGCACAAGAACAGGAAUAUUUAAAUGAUCUUGAUAAAGUAUUGAAGUAUGUAAAUGUUGGUGGUGGUACUAUGUCGGCUUCCGAUUUUAUCGGUGUCGACAAUAAUUUGCCAGUUUUCAAUGAAUCGGAUGAUAAUAAUGAGAAUAUUUUAUUAGUUAAUGUUGUUUCAAAUGAUGAUACAUUAAAUGAUGAAGAACCAGAUAUUGAACAAUCACCUUCAUUGCCAGAAUCAAUUCAAAUGGUUCGUCGUUUAAAAUUAUUAUCAACAACUCAACAUCCAGAACUGCAUUCAUUAUUAAUACAAUUACAGUCGAAACUCAUUGAUGUUUAUUUAGAUUCAAACAUUGUGAAGCAAAAAUCUAUUCUGGAUUUUUUUAAACCUAUUCAAUCAGGAAUUGUACAUCGUACUUAA